AGGACCUCGCUCCGGACAGGCGACCCCAGGAUACUCAGUAGCAAGGACUAGAAUCCUUGUCAGUAGCUUGUCAGCAUGUGGGUUGGGAAGUUGGGUCUUGUGGUGUGGGUGUACGCGGCGACGUGGUGUUGUGUUUCCGCUGAAGUGCUGCAAGGCAAUGGACUGCCGGGAGAGGACUGCCUGAUGGGGGGUGGCGUGGUGGGCUACUGCGAGGAGGUGAAGGCGUGUCUAGGUGACGGAGGCGUGGUGGAGAGGGAGGGGCGCGUGCAGCUGUGUCGACCCCAUCACAAUGAUAUAUACGUGUGCUGCAGGAAGCCUCGUCUGGUCGCUAAAGAAUUGUGCGAGGCCUGGGCGGGGUACUGGCGGGACGAGAACGGCAACUGCGCCACUGAGACUCCCCUGAUCGUCGGAGGCCAGGAGGCGAAUAUUGGAGAGUUCCCUAACGCGGUGCUGAUUGGCUCGAAGUACAAGAAUGAGGGAAUCAGGUACGAAUGCGGCGGCUCCCUCAUCUCCCCCUACCACGUGCUCACCGCUGCCCACUGCGUCUUCGUCCACUCGCCUCACCUCACCUACUGGGCCAAGUUUGGGGAACACGAUACAUCCCACGACGGAACCUCUGACUUCACACCGGUGCUUCGAGGUCACAUCCCAUCCUCUCUUUACCGAGCCGCGGAGCUUCAAGAACGCACCUUGACCGCCAGGAGCAACACUUCAUUUAGUGGUGACCCGACUUCAACCCCGCCCGGCCCCGAAAUGACCUCGGUGGAGCAGGUGAUCGAAAUGGAGUUUAAGGAGGUACAUCCACAUUAUCCACGUCUCUACAAUUAUCACGACAUUGCUGUGGCGAGACUGAAGAGCCCGGUCAAGUUUACGAGACGUGUCCUGCCAGCCUGCCUCCCUCUCGAUCCAACAGAUGACUACCAAAACAAGCGCCUGACUGUGGUUGGCUGGGGCCACACGGCCUCAGGCAUGCAGGAGAUGUCGUCCACGCUGCAGAAGGUGGAGAUCCCCGUGGUGGACCUCCUCACCUGUUUCUCCAAGGUGGUGAACCCCUACAGCAUUCCCAUGGGCAUCACCAAGGAUAUGCUGUGUGCAGGGGAACUGGGGAAGGAUUCGUGCCAGGGUGACAGCGGCGGGCCCCUGAUGGACCGGGUGGCGGUGGGGGACGCCACCUGCGAGCACACAGUGGUGGGCGUGGUGAGCUUCGGGGUGGGCGCGGGACGCUCUCGCUGCGGCCGCCUUGGUGUGUAUGCUCGGGUCUCCUCCUACCUGGACUGGAUAACGGGUAUCAUUGCCCCCAACAGCACGGGACAGGGCGCUUACCACACCACCACAACCACCACCACCACCGCAACCACUAACUCUUCCAUCAUCAGCGUCACCACCCCCACAACCACAAAGACAACCACCACCACCACCGCAGCCACCACCACUGCCAGGGUGACCGCCACCACCGAAUCAGUUCCGGAGUUGUUAGAGAUAAUGUUCGAGAGGAUGACGGAAGGCCUCUAAUAAUGACAGCGCAUUUAGCAAACACAUAUCGCGCAAUGGCCUGAACGUGUGUUGCUGGGGGGGGGGACUUCAAUAUCAGCUCAAGUACAUAUCAUGCUCGCUCAUAUGUUUAUAAGCAAAGUAUAUCAUCAACUACGGGUGUGUGUGCGGUGUUGUUUGCCUCCUCUUCGUGUGUAUAUAUAUUCUUUCGGGCGUGUUAGCAAAUUUAAAAAUACUAGCGUACGCCUGUAAAGUUUUCCCUCUCGGUGAUUCGUAAUGAAAACUCUAAAUUAGCCAACAUUUAAAUAGCUGAGACACUCUUUUAAAGCUUACAUUUUCUAUAGGUUCACCACACGUCCGUUUUCUUCAGGCUGAACCAAGAAGUUUCCUUGGUGUUGACCGUCAUUCUUGUAUAAUUUCCUGCGAGCACAUGAUUGAAGAUUACAACCAAAUAAUUAGCAACAGAAAGAAGCGACUAAUUUGGAUGCUAGGAAGAAAGCAGGGAACCACAUGUACAAGGAGGAAAAUAACGAUUCUAGUGUUUUGCUUCGGUUUCUGUUUGGGUUUUUAAUUGCACCAAAGUUUUCGUACGUAACCGGUGCCUGCCUGGUGCCUGGUUUUUCCUGCUGUCCUCUCCGUUGACUUGAGGAAAACAUGUCAUUAAAGGGAAGGUAUUCAUUGGUUCAGGCUCAUUGAGAGAGUAAGAAUCUUUAUUUUGCAGCUUCGGCCAUUCAGCAGAUUUCUGGUUAGUCUUUUAUUUUAUCUUUUCAUUUUUGUUUUGUUUUCUGAAGAUUUAAGCAGUAACUUGAAUUAUAUUAUCACAUUACUUUUUAUUGCCGUUGUAAAGAUCCUGGCUGUGAAUCAGAUUAUAUUAACUUCCACUUCCGCUGUAAAGAUCACCAGGUAACACAGUCGUACACCAGAAAUUCAAUGUUUGGUCACAACAAGUCUUUACUCCACCAAGGCGAGACUCUAAGCCAUUGAUGAGGUUUAAAGGCCGGAAUAUUUUUAUAUUUCUUUAAUUAAAAUUAUAUACAUAUUUCAAUGUAAACGCAAAUACACAAAAUACAGUACAGCACAAACAUCAUGAAAACCCUAAGAGAGAGAGAGAGAAAGAGAGAGAGAGAGAGAGAGAGAGAGAGAGAGAGAGAGAGAGAGAGAGAAUUACCCAAAUAUGAAAAAAUAUAUAGAUGACAUAAUCUCUGCAUAAAAAUAUUUCGCAUGGAAUGUGCAUAUCAGUGUUUUACUCCCUCUGACCACGCAAUGCGAUACAGCGACUUAGCAAGCUUGUUAUCCAGGCCAGUUGUCUUGCUCUACGGGAUAAUAUCUAGAAACCAACAAGAAAAACAUACACACUUCAAUACGUACACAAUACAUUUACGCAAGUUUUAUGUUUUCACGCAGUAUUCAUUUCGUCACCUCCCUCCACACCAAUAAAUAAGUUAAAUACAUAAAUAGAUCCAUUAUCACGUUGUAGAAGCAGACGUGGCUGUGUGUGGGAACGUCGAUGACUUCUCGUUUGCAAGGGACCUCGCGGCUGAGCUCCUUACGUUGUACAGAUCAAGGGGCGGCAGCUUCCUCGAUGCCACGGGGCUUGUCCUGCUGGCGGGGGGAGACUGGUUUCGUGACACCGCCGGGGAUAUUUUGUCACCAAAGGCCGGCUGGUUUCCGGUGACCCCCGGGUGUGUCCUGUCCACGGGGGAAGGGUGAUUUCUUGUUACCACUGGGGAUUUCCUCUCUACCGGGAGCGAGUGGCCUCUUGUUGACACUGACGAUUUCCUAUCAAUUGGGGGUGGAUGGCUUCUUGUUGACACUGGGGGGCUUCUGUCGGCGGGAGAAUGGCUUCUUGUUACACCUCUGGAUUUUGCGUCAGUGGGAGAGGGGUUUUCUGUUACCGAGGAGGAUCUUCUGUCAGUGUGGGACUGACUUCUUGUUACCACUGAGUAUGUUACAUCAGAUGGGGACUGUCGGUUUCUUGCUACCCCUGGGAAUACAGAGUUAGCGGUGGGCGAGCGGUUCCUUGUCACCACAGGGGAUACAGGGUCAGCUGGGGGAGAGCGGCUUCUUGUCACCACAGGGGAUAUAGCGUUGCUGACUUGUUCCUGGUUCCUUAUGACCUGAGGGGCUGUCCUGGCAGAGGAGGGCUUUGCUGUCGGCCUUCUCUGCACGAGGGAGAUAAAGGAGGGUUUGGACUCCUCGCCGUCCGUGGUCUUGGGCGUGCCCGGCGGGAGGGGGCGACGGAGUAUAAUCUUGCCUCGUGAACGAAGUCGCGGGAACCUUCGAAUGACUAGAGGGGGCAUAUCCUUUCUCUUGAAGUAUCUCGUUACUCCAUCUUCAUUUUCUUCCAUUUCAUCCUCUUCCUCACCACCGUCACCAUCGUCCUCCUCUUCUUCGUCCUCCUCAUCAUCGUCCUCUUCAUCAUCUUCAUCUGACUCCUCGCUACUGCUGCUGCUGUCCCCGUACUCGUCGCCUAAGUUCUCUACGUGCUGGGAGAGGAGGCUCACAAACCUGUCACUCUGCGGAGCGUCGAGGUCACUCACGAAGCCCUUCAGAGUGUCAGUAAGGCUCCUGGGCUGAAGAUCCUCCAACCUCGUUAAGUCCGGGAUAAAGGAAGACGGUAUUUUGAUGUGUCCUAUCAGCUUCUCAUCGUCCUCAUUCUCCGUGAUGAAUGGAAGGAAGAGAACCAUUUCGUCGUCCUCUUCUUCGUCGCUCUUGUCGUCCCCUCCUUCGUAACCCUCAUCCUCAUCGUGCUCGUGGGUCAGGGGAGUGGGUGAAGGCGGCCUGCGUGGAUGACCCCUCAGGACGAUGAAGAGAGGGUGGUGAGGUACUCUGGGUCUCUCGUCGCUGUCCUCGUCACUGUCCUCUUCAUCAUCGUCAUCAUCAUCUUCUUCUUCUUCUUCUUCUUCUUCUUCUUCUUCUUCU